AUGCUGCUCCCAUCCGCUAUCCCCUGCGAUGUGCGCCGGUCGUCUCGCUUCACUCCCAACCGUCUCUUCUCGACUCCUCCUCCCUCAGAGCGAGGAUUACCAUCAGGCAAUGGCCUCCUAGGCACAUGUCGUGCGCUCCAAUCUUUGCUUAGCGGAUCACCGGCUCUCUCACCGCGCCGAUCCAAGACAUUGCGCCUCCAAAGUCCACUUCCCAUCAACAACGCUCCUCGUCGCUCACCGCGCACGCGCAGCAAGGUCGCACGACCUGCUUCGCCGCGCCCAACACCUCCCCCAGUCACACUCGCUUCCACACCACCACCGCCUCCUUCUGCGCCCGCGCGCGGCGCUAACAAGCGCCGCCGAUCUUCCGAAGAUGACGACAGCGACUCGGACAUGGGUCGCCCGCGCAACCGUCUUUCCACACCUAAACGCCGUCGCCACGCUCCCUAUGACCUGCCCCUUGGUCUCUCUUCAACAGAUUUCUAUUCUCUGCACUCUCCUCCCAUUACACAAUCUCCUCCUUCUCCUGCUCAGCGUUUGAUUGAUAUGCGCAUUCAACAAUCGUCUGCGCCCAUCAAUCCUGAUGCGCCUCUUCCUUCGAUUGAAGUAGAGGACGCUUCUUCCCCGGCACCUUCUGACGAUUGGACUGCCGAGGAAGAUCAAAUUCUCAUGGACCUAGUCCUUGAAAAGUUCCGACUCUCCCAACAAGAAUGGGAUGAGUGUGCGCGCCGAAUGGGCCGCAGCAACCAGGCCGAUCUAGGUCAGCGAUGGACCUCUCUCGUCGGAGAGGGACGCGUUGGUCUACGUCCACGCCGCUAA